GAGGAGAUGCGCUGGGCUGCCAGCUACUCCCAUAGGAAGGCGAGGUGGGAGAGGACAGGCAGGCACAAAGUGAAACUGUUCGUGAGGGAGUGACAGUGGAGGCAGAGCAGCCUGGGGAACAGCCUGAGGAGCCCCAGGCAGAGUCACCUGUUGAGCUGGAGAGUCUGUGAACCGACGUUUGGUCCCCUACCUCCAUUGCUGCAGGCCCCUCCGGGAGGAUGGAGGCCCGCCUGCGCCCAGCCCCAAACGAGGGAGGAGCCCCAGCCCAGGUGGUGCAGGUGGAAGGUUCUGGUUCCCGGGCCCAGAAAAGGGACUGCAAGUCACCUGGCGGAGGCGAGAGCACUGUGGGCCCCAGGAUCCGGCUCUGGGAAGCUGGGUUUGUCUCCCAGUCGCCACGUCGGUGGACCACAAUGCAAGAGGAAGGAGUAAAAAACUUCAAGGAGCUUCGAGCCAAAUUUCAAAAGUUCGAUGCCUCACCUCUUCCAGGACCUAUUAAAUUUCCAGCUGGUGUUUCUCGAAGGGGUGACCCAGCAUGCACGCAGUCAACUCAGAUUUUGCCCAAUGGGAAGUACUUUUCAUCUAACCACAAUCAGCCACUGUUGUAUUGUUCCAAUGGGAAGUCCCAGACUAUUGAAACCCAGAAAAUGAACUUGGCCCAGAGAAAUAAAAUUCAGAAGAGUUCAAGUUCCCCAGGACCUCCACCAGAAAAAUCUGCUGUAUAUCCUGCAAGAUAUACUCAGGAAGCUUCUGUGCUGUUGGACGUGAAAGGGUCAAGAAAGGAGACAUCCGAUGAGGAGAAAGGGAUGGCAGCUGGCAGCUUUAGACACAAGCUCUGGAACUGGGAGAAAGUUUCAUCUCAAACACGUGAGAUGUCCCCAGCUCUACUCCUUGCCAAAUCUGAGAAUAAGACCGUUCAUCUGAAAGGGCAGAAAACCACAGGACUUACUCAGGAAAAAACAAAGAAAAAUCUGGAAACAACAGGAGUCCAGACCCUUCUUCCACAGAAACAUUUGAUGGACCAGAAAAAGUCAUCUGUGGCCUCUGAGGACAUCCCCUCCCCACUUCCUCAGCAUGGCAGAAAGAGCAAAGGAAAUCCUGGCCCAGAUAGGAGCCGGGGAAGUAGUCCCUGCCAGCCUGUUUAUGAGUGUGAGGUUACCAGCGCCAUCGCAGAACAGAAGCAGCAUCCCCAGCUCCCCAAAACAAAGCCCCUGCCUUCCAUUGAGACCCUCGGCCUGCCUCCCCCAAAGCCUUUGAAGCCCCCAGCCGUGAACCUACAGGCCUUCCACAGGCAACCAGCCACUAUUGCCAAGACCCCAAAAGAAGUGUCUGUGAAGACGGGUCACCUGUCUCUAGGCAGUGCUGAAUUGGAAGAACCACAUAAUUAUGAGGCAACAAUUUCAUAUCUGAGACACUCUGGCAACUCCGUUAACCUGUGUGCUGUAGAGGAAACUGCUGAUGCCACUUAUGAAGUUGAAAUUGAAGAACUCCAAAAGGUAUUUUUUUUCCUGUCCUUACUGAUCCCUAGACAUAAAGAUGAAGAGAAAAACACGAAAGAAGAGUCACGUGAGCUGGAGCCUCAAAAGCCAGAAAAGGAUCUAUAUCCCAACCGUCUCCUCAAGGUAAGCACCUGGGAAAGGGCACCAGGAAAAAUCCAGAUGACUAGAGUCCACAAAGAUAGAAGGAGCACACCAUCUAGGAACCAGGAAGCUGUGACUGACAUCACCCAGACCAAGGCCUUCUCUGAAGAUGUGAAACCGGCCAGGCACCCCCAAGAUAAGGGUGGAUAUAUGGAGGCUUUGGAGGUGACUAAAGAAACCCCAAAUCCAGGUGCCAUCACGUCAAACUCCUUCUCAGAGGAGACCUAUGAUGAUGUGGCAUGCCCCAGGGAAGAUGCACAAAAAUGGGACUUCUCUAGCUCAUUCACUUCGGAUAGUGAAGAAAACAGUGAAGAAAUGUAUGAAGAUAUCUACAAAGCAAAGAACAAUGACCAAAAAGUAGAUUUAGAUGGAAAAGCAGCACUUAAAAGACUACAGAAAUUCUUCAGGAGAGAAAAGGGUGUAUUCAACAUGAAGAAAACCAAUUCAAAAGGAAAUAAAAGCAAUAGAUUUUCCAUUUCACUGCCUGACUUAGGACUUAGGUCUCCGGAAGUUAUCAUUUAUGAUGAUGUGGACGUGAGUGAAAAAGAACCAAAAGAUGAAGAUAAACUAAAAACUUGGAAGGCUAAAUUUUUGCCACCAAAGGGGAAAAAGGAGAAAAAAGAUGCUGACGGAUCAGAAAGUUUUUCUCCAAGAAGUUUCUUCAGAAUCAAAAAGCAAAACUUAGAGAAGAGUAAGAAGGAGAAAGAAGAAAGACUUUUUAGGGAAAGAUUUCAGUAUGAUAAGGAGAUUAUGGUCAUCAACAGAGCAGUAGCAAGCUCCAGCAAUUCACGAAAUGGAACCUUUGAUCUGCCAAUAACUCCAGGAGAACAACUGGAAGUCAUCGACACCACCGAGCAAAACCUAGUGAUAUGUCGCAAUUCUAAAGGCAAAUAUGGAUAUGUGCUCAUUGAACAUCUACAUUUCAAACAUCAAGGUUGGUCACACUAGGAAGGUCUGUGCGGGUCACAGUGUGUCCCAGGACGAGUCCAGCUUCAGUGCCUUCAGUUUCCGGGUCAAAAUGCCAUGGGCUGUGGAAAGUUCUGUUGGAAACUCAGAAGAGUCCACCAUGUAGAUGAUGGAUUUACUCCUAAAAGUGUGUCAUUCAAUGUCUGUUUUACUGCUGGUGUAAGAGAGUGUGAAAUAGUAUGUUCAUAUUUGAGUACUUGUCUAAUGAGCCAUGUCCCAAGUUAGAAACCGUGCCUUCUGGCAUCCAGUCAGUUGUGCAGAUGGUUAACGCAUUUCUAAUAUUAGUACACAGCACUUGUAAUUUCUAGGUGCACAUUUACAUUUACAUUCCAUAUGAAUUCUAAAUAGUAAAUAAUGUAACCAUGUUACUUUACUCAAAUUUAAGGUGCAGCCUUAAAAUAAUUAUGGUUGUUUUGGUUUUACCCAAAUGAAAGCUGACAAAUGCUAUCUGACCUGCUUUCCCUUCAGUUUUCACAAAAACAAUUUCAAAAAUACUGGUUGAAUCUAGAAGCACCAGGCGUGGUGGCGCACAUCUUUAAUCCAAGGACUCAGCAGGCAGAGGCAGGCAGAUCUCUGUGAGU